AUGUCGGUUGACAAGGCUUCAAUCAGAACGCCGACAGGCAAGUUGGAAACAAUUUGGUGGGCUGCAGGCUUGGACCCCAAGAUUCCCAUUUCUGUCAAGUACCGGUUUCUAGCUAGAUUACGGAAUCCUGCAGAUCCGCUUGCUAUUAUAUCAGACCCGGUUAACUCUGCGAGUUCGCAGCCAUUUUACUGGAAAGGUGGAUCAGACUGGAUGCUGUUUCAUGAGGCAUCAGGUACUGUGGCUGCUGUCGUGCGCGAUGUGAAUCUAACCGCCGGCAAAUACGGCUCGCUUGAGGUUUUGGUGUCUUAUGGUGAUACGUUCCCUACCACUGUGUUGUCAACGUAUCUAACGGUCUGCGAGAAGUUCAAACGGGAGGCUAAAAGACAUCUAUUUUGGUAA